GUUAGGAGGUGGGCAGGACUCACCGAGGAGCUGCAAACCAAAACAAGAAAUCUAGGGAGCAGAAGGAGAGAAAGAGUGAGCUGGAGCCAAGACCUCAGGCCAAGUGGAACUGGAGGAAAUGUCAUCAUUGGUAAAGGAGGACUUGGAGAAGAAACUGUUUAAGCCACUCUCGCAGAAUCUGUACGAGUUUAUUGAAAUAGAGUUCUCGGUCCAGGACAGGUAUUACCUCUGUGUGUCAGUGACCAAAAAUGAAGAAGUAAAAAUAGUUAUGGUGAAACACUACAGAAUAGGUUUAGAUGAAAAAUAUGAAGUAACCAAAAAGUGGUCUUUGAACGAUCUGCGGAUGAUCGAUGGAAAAGAAGCAGAUACAGACAAUCCAUUUUUUGAUCUGCACUUCAAGAAAGUGUACAGUUUGGAAGCAUAUAGUUGUGCUUCCAAAUAUGCCUUUGUUCGAACUGUAAACAAGCUGAAUCAUGCAUACCUUAAGAAGGACUUACGGAUCGUGAACUUUGAUUCUACUUACCUUAAUGAUGAUUCCAUUUGGUCCUCCAACAACAAGGAUUGCUUGGUCCUUAUGAGAAUAUGCUUUUAUGCUUUCAAUCUAGUGUGCUUGUCCCUGUGUCCCUUGCCACUCUGA